UUUAUACGGCAACCUGAUGAAGUUCUUACCAGAUGGAUGUUUUUCUGCCUUGACAAAGCUGCAAUUUCUGGCUCUCAACAACAAUCUUAUCAGUAUCAUCUCCAAGGAUACUUUUGCACAGGAGACUCGUGAUAGAUUUAAGAAAAGAAAUUGGACAAUACAGUCUCUUCCCUUCACAACACAAAGGCUGCAGAUUCGGUAUUGACAUGUAGGCUACAGAAAAUAGUCCUCAGUGGAAACCCGUUCUACUGUUCCUGUGAUAUCGCAAUUGUUGUGUUCAGGAGCGUGUCCUCAAUUUAAAUAAUACCGUCGCUGGUGUCAAAGUUCCUGGCACUUUUCUGUUUGGGGAAUUUUUUUAAUUUGACAAAGGUUCAGGUGAGGAAUGGAGCUGAGAUUCAAAGUCACCGAGCUGUGCAGAUGAGUGUGGAAGAUUCCCAGGGGAAACUAUCAUCACGUCUGAAGGGCUGCAGCGAUGGCCAGGAGGGUGACGCACAAAACACAGAGACCAAGAAUCCUGUUACUGAUAUUCACCCUGCAGUCUGCCCUCAUCUGUCUCGCGCAAGAUCGCAAUCACUGCUGGACAGAGAAGCACGACGCAGGUUCCAUAACUUACUCCUGCUUUGGCGAGGGCUUUUGCUUUUGCAGCAACACCACUGCCGACUGUUCAUCGCAUCAUGGCCUCCUGACCUACGUGCCUCGUCUUCCUAUCGAAGUCCAGGUCCUCAACUUCUCCAACAACAACCUGUCUUUUAUACCUAACGAUUUUUUUUUCAACGUGUCGCAAGUAAGGUUGCUGGAUCUCUCCAACAACGGCUUAAUUUCUGUAUCGUCUAGAGCUUUUCGGGGACUACAUCAUUUGACUACUCUCUUUCUAAACGGUAACCAUUUAAAUCGUCAAGCACUGGGCCAUGUUUUCCGAAUUCAGUCCUUGUCGAGGCUGGAAAUACUGUGCAGUGGCUUAAGUCAGGCAGACUUAAACAUCUUUUCUAGGAGCACUCUGAGGGAGCUGGACGUGUUGAACGUUAGUCUAAACAAUAUUGGUUCCUUUUAUAUGGGAAAUCUGCAGCCUUUGAACAGUCUGCACAUGUUCAUUGCUCAGGCAAACCAACUGUACAACCUCACUACCUCACGACUGGAGAACCUGAGGUUUCUAGACCUGCAGUACAAUCGUCUCUUUGACUUCCCGAAGUCAUGCGAUCCGGACACUGGAGAAUCCCUUUUCCCCAACCUCGAGCAACUUCUGCUGGAUUUCAACAUGAUUUCUUCGAUCACGGAUCCUGUUUGUUUCCCUAAGUUGUAUGUUUUGACCCUCGAGUUUAACAGAUUCCAAAUGUUUGAAAGUAACACAUUUGGAAUCUUACGAUUUCCAAGUUUAGAAAAACUUGAACUGACUCAAAUGGAAGACAAAAUAUUACGAAUCGACAAGUUCACCUUUAAUAAUUCACAGCUGCUGUAUCUGGGACUCGCCUUGAAUUACAUCGAUCUCUCGUCUCCAAGAGUUCUUCAUGAAGACGCUUUUGGUGGAAGUACCGGCAUCACAAUAUUCUAUUUCGAUCAUUGCGUAUUCAAAACAGUGUCGAUCGAAAGGUUCCACAGACUUUUCGAACCGUUCAGAUCGAUAAAAAGUUUGUAUCUUGGAGACUGCGGAAUUGAGAGCAUCAGUCCCGACACCUUUGCGCCUUUUAAGAGUCUGGAGUUCUUGUAUUUAUACGGCAACCUGAUCAGAUUCUUACCAGAUGGAUGUUUUUCGGCCUUGACAAAGCUGAAAGUUCUGGUUCUCAACAACAAUCUCAUCAGUGUUAUCUCAAAGGACACUUUUACACAGGAGACUCUUGGCAGGCUACAGAAAAUAUACCUCGGUGGAAACCCGUUCUAUUGUUCCUGUGAUAUCCGUUGGUUUCAAGAGUGGAUGAGUUCGCAUCCUAACCAGUUUUGCAACUAUAAGCAAGAUGGAUAUAUGUGUGACAACAUCCUAAAUACUCCUGUACGGGUUUUCCAGAUAAACGAUCAGGCCUGUCUCUUAGGUCAAGCAGCAGCAACUUUCACCGUUGCUGUCAUCAUCAUCGUGCUCGUCGUGUUCAUCAUCUCCAUAGUCUUCUUCCGUUUCCGAUGGCAUCUCCGCUUGGUGAUGUACGAGUGGUUUCAUCAUAGAGGUCCACAGGAGGGACAACUCCGUCACUUCACUAACGACGUCUUCGUAGGCUACGCUGAGGAGGACAGGAAGUGGGUGAUGCAGGAGUUACUGCCCGUCCUGGAGGGUCAAUGGAGCCUUCGCGCAUGCGUGCACGAGCGCGACUUCAUUCCCGGCAAGCACAUCGUGGACAACAUCGCUGACUGCGUGCACGACAGUCGCAAGAUUCUGAUGGUUUUCUCUCCUGACUAUGCUCGCAGCGAAUGGUGUCAGUUCGAGCUGAAGUACUGUCAGUGCUGUGUGAUGGACCGUGACGAGGUGUUGGUGCUGGUGUUACUGCACGAGACGGAGUCACGUGACAUGACCAGUGCCAUGUUUGCAGUGAUGAAGACGACGACGUACAUUGAGUGGGCGGACACCGUUGACGCUCGUGACUCCUUUUGGGGUCGACUGUCUCGGGCAUUGAACUGCGUCAUCAGCUCUCAGAGAUCUAUCAGUUCUAUCUGAUUGGUCCGAGUUAUAAACAGAUGAUGAUGAUGAUGAUGAUGAUGAUGAUGAUGAUGAUAAUAAAGUGAGAAUUUAUAAAGCACAAAAUCUUAGCCAAAGGCGGACUCAUUUCUCUGAAAAAGGUCAAUAAAUUAUCCCAAUUUAUGUUUAUCCAUGGAGGUUUAUUCUUUUGCUUACAAAAGUCUUUAGUGGGAAAAUUGACCACUAUGACUGAUUU